AUGGGUUUUUCGCGACGCAUCUGGUCUUGUUGCUUUCAUAUCGAUCGUCUGUCCGACAUGAUUUACACAGUGACAUCCACUAUCCCUCCUCAAACCAAGCACGGAUGUCAAAUUGCAAUUCAGUCCCAUCGCAAGGUGGUCAUGACUGUGGUUGUGCCGAAGAAGCCCUGUAAUAGCCACAAGGCUAGGUCAAUUGAGAGCUUACUCGUCUCGUCUGGCCCCGGGGCCUACGGCGAAGAGUACUUUUCUGGAGGAACUUGUCCCGAUUUUGAAGUCCAUGGAAGAGCCAAAGCGACGACCGAUGUAUUCAAAUCAUCCCGCGGCCGGGGAACCGUUAAAUCACUUGGCCUGCUUGACUUGGCCUCUCGUCGAACAUGGACUUGCAGGUCACCAAUAGUCACCAAUAAUCAGAUGAAGCACGCAGCGCCGCGGCCCGCCACCAAAGUCUUUCGUCCGGUCUUCCUUUCGAAUCGUUGCAAGAGACAGCAGUGCGCAGUUGCAAACGAAGAAGAUGCGGCUCUUGGAAGACGUCUCGGCGUUUAUGCGCAAGGCCCGAACCCGCUUCAGCCUUUUCAGCCCUGCUUCGCUCCCACGCCGGCCAUCCCUCCCUUUCUCUCGGCUCGGGUCAGAGACGAGAGGCCGGAAGCCCACGAAGCCACGUGA